CGGCCGCACCCGGAAGGACAGGAGGGCACCGGGGCCCGGCCCGCACCCUCGCGACUACAGGUCGCGUUCUCCCGCCGCCCCCUUCCGUCCUCUCGGGCGGAGCCCUCCCCCGAACACGGCUGGAUUUGCUGUGCCACCGUCUUGCUUCUGGGUUUCAAUAAAGUUUUCCUCUUCCUCCCCCUGUACGGAGCUCAACAUGGCGGCCUCCUGGUCGCCCUUGGUUACCCUGCGCUCCGUGCACAGCCGGCUGAGAGGGAGAUGUGCCGGGUGCGGGGCCUGGGCCGCUGCCGCCGCCCCUCCGGCCGCCGCCCCCGGAAGGCCCCUGUGGAGAGCCUAUACAGUUCAGACAGCUGAGACUGUAUCUCCCACCGUGGCUACAGAGUCUUAUUCAAAAGCUUUGGCUAAUUGCCGCGGACCGCUGGACCACUAUGACGUUCUGGUCAAUGCUCAUGAGCUGAAGGAUGAUGAACAUCAGAGAAGAGUCGUACGGUGUCUGCAGAAAUUGCAUGAGGACCUGAAAGGAUACAGCACAGAGGCAGAAGGCCUUUUUUCAAAGCUUUUUUCAAGGAGCAAACCUCCAAGGGGCCUGUAUGUUUAUGGAGAUGUUGGUACUGGGAAAACAAUGGUGAUGGACAUGUUUUAUGCUUAUGUGGAAAUGAAGAGGAAAAAACGGGUUCAUUUUCAUGGUUUCAUGCUAGAUGUUCACAAAAGAAUACACCACCUUAAACAGAGUUUGCCAAAAAGGAAGCCAGGAUUUAUGGCUAAAUCAUAUGAUCCAAUAGCUCCUAUAGCUGAAGAAAUCAGAGAAGAGGCUUGUCUCUUAUGUUUUGAUGAAUUUCAGGUCACUGACAUUGCUGAUGCCAUGAUUCUGAAACAGCUUUUUGAAAAUCUGUUCAAAAAUGGUGUCAUCGUUGUGGCGACAUCCAACAGGCCACCGGAAGAUCUCUAUAAAAAUGGACUCCAAAGAGCUAACUUUGUACCAUUCAUAGCUGUCCUGAAGGAAUACUGUAAUACAGUCCGACUGGAUUCUGGGGUAGAUUACCGGAAAAGGGGACUUCCUGCUGCGGGAAAACUCUACUACCUCACAAGUGAAGCUGAUGUGGAGGCUGUCAUGGAUAAGUUGUUUGAUGAGCUGGCUCAGAAACAAAAUGAUUUAACUAGACCAAGGAUCCUGAAAGUGCAAGGCAGAGAGCUGCGGCUGAGGAAAGCCUGUGGAGCUGUUGCCGACUGCACGUUUGAAGAGCUGUGUGAGAGGCCACUUGGUGCCAGUGACUAUUUGGAACUGUCAAGGAAUUUUGAUACAGUAUUUUUACGAAACAUUCCACAAUUUACACUGGCAAAGAGGACUCAGGCUCGAAGAUUCAUAACUCUCAUUGAUAGCCUCUACAAUUUCAAGGUGCGCGUAAUUUGCUCUGCACCGACUCCUAUAUCCAGCUUGUUUUUGCACCAACACCAUGACAGUGAGCUGGAGCAAAGCAGAAUACUGAUGGAUGAUUUGGGGCUGAGCCAGGACUCAGCCAAAGGACUCUCCAUGUUUACUGGGGAAGAGGAAAUCUUUGCAUUUCAGCGCACGAUUUCCCGCCUCACGGAAAUGCAGACUGAACAAUACUGGGAUGAAGGGGACAGAAGCAAGCAGUGACCGUCACUUCUGCAUGAAUAAAACUCUGGGCAAACGAUUAGCACAGGCAGAACUCCUUAUUAGGGGACUUGAAGGAGUCACUUUCUCAUCAUUAAUUAUGCAGUUUGUCCUCUGCACCAUGUUAUCUAAAAUUGCUGUCAAGGAUGUAGUAGAUUAGUAAGUUAAAGCCAUUUUUAUAGGUCUACUCUUUGCCUGUUCAGCCUCAUUUCUGCAGCACAAAAUUAAAACCAGCACUCCUGCAGACUAACAUAGGAUCAGACCUCGUGGCUGCACCUGAAGCGCCUGAAUAAACCUCUGACACACACAGGAAAUGCAGGGUGUCUGGACAUUGCUGAGCUUCGGCCCACGGCAGCCGCACGACAAACACAUCUUCCACGAUGGCGGGAAAAACCCUGCAUUUCAACCCCAAGCAGAGAAAGCUUUCUGGUCUUACAAACUAAAGAAUGGCAGUUAGAAUGAGGGCUUAUACAUGGGAUUUUGGGGGGCUAUCAUUGUCCUAAAUCUCCUAGGCCCUCAGGUUUCCUCACAGCAGGAGUGUGUUUCUGACCAGGAGAUGGAGCUGCCAGUCAGGACCUCAUCUCCAGGGGACGCAGAGUUGCCGGAAUGGCCGUCAGAUUCCAACUGACAGGCAGAUGCCCCAACGCUGACAGCCAGCAGGAGGACAGACACCAGGAAGGGGGCCAGCGGGACAGAAUUGGGAGGGGACAGGAUUCUGGGAGGCCGGGCAGUGGAGUGGAUCCUGCCGGCAGGCGGGCAGGGCCCCAGAGGACAGCAGUGCCCACCACGGCCCACCUGGUCUGGGUGCACAGGGCUGCUUCCCCCACCGCCUCUGCUGCUGCGGUGGGACGACCACAAGGUAAGACCGAAAAAACACUUUUGACAACCUACUUGGAUAAAAUCCGAUUUGUCCUUCCUUGGGGUCAUUCCUUGAUUCAUUCAAGUACAAUCUGACUUUCCUGACUCUUGUCCAGAUGGACCUUGGUUGAGGCUGUCACAAGAGUCUAAAUCCCUCUUUAAGGAAAAAAGAGAAAAGAAAAAAAAUGCGAAAGCUACCAGGUCUUCUGAAAAUCAGAUCCUUUUUGGGCGUAAAGACAGGCAACUCUGUUUGAAUAAAUGACCCCAGUUGGCCACGUAAGCAAGCUCUUUGAGCCUAUUUAUUACUUAAUACCUUUUCCACAUUAGUCUGUUCUGGACAUUAACCUAAGUCAAGUAGAUGAUGAAUAGGUUACCCAAGUACAGAGAAAAGUGUAAAUCAAGGUUUCUGAAAACUAAAUGUGGUUUUAAAAUAUUUUUAUUGAAGUUCAAAAAGCAGUUAAGGCAGGGUAAGAGGGACAAAGUAUUAGAAACAACCGGACAUUGCCUGCUCUCAGAUAAAACACUAAUCCCGGGAGGUUAAUGAAGUCAUCCCUGCUUGUAGAUAGGGACACUGAGGCUUGGAACGUUAGUUUGACCAAGAGUCACAGUUUACGACUACAAAACUAAUGCCAUGUUUUAUUCCACACCACCUCUAGAAAAAAUAGAUCAUUUUUAAUAUUGAUUCUUUUUUUAAAAAACUCAGUGAAGAUAAAUUUGCAACAGAACCAUUGCUUUGAACUCAAUAGAUAUAAAAUGUUUAACUUGUUUCUUUCCAUCUUAGCUUUUGGUUUUUCACAUUUCUUUGGCAAUUUUGCUGUGCCUCACACACAGAGACAGUGUGAAGGGAUGGGAACAGUGACGUCCCUGAGCGUGUGGGUGUAUGUGAAUAGCCCCCAACUCACUUUCUGUUGUAAAGGUCCGUGUGAGGUCAGGUAUUGGGAACUAGAAUUUCAUUUUCCCAUAGAAACAACAGGUUAGUGCCCUGGCUCAGUGCACAGGAGCCUGUGGGAUUCUCAGUAUAGCUGCCCCAUAAUUUCACCACUAAAAACUUAAACUCCUUUUAAAAUAUUGUUCUGGUAGAGUAAAACUAGUUCAGGUUCCAGCUGAGUAUGUGGACUGGGUCCCCACUUCUGUCCUACCCCCAUGCCUGCCUCUUCCUGCACCUGGUGUGAUAGGCCCUAGUGGAAGGGGGCUCACUAGUGGUCGGGGUUUCGGGGGGCAGGGGGCGCGUGCACCUAGGCGUCAGGCAAAGACAGGAGGGAGUUCCGUGACGGCUGGAAAUGCUACACACUUAUCCUCAUUUCCUCUCCAUAAAAUCUGCUUCAUAAAUCAUCCUGCAAGAAAAAGAAGUCUUAAAGAAUAGCUCUUACCAGGAAACAAUAUGGCAGUUCUGAAAGAAUACGAAUGCCACAGUGAGACAUGAAAAAUGACAGCUGGAACGGACAGCGCUUCAUUCAUGUGUCUUUCUUCCAGUCCUGCCCCUGUUUCCUUCUCAGCACUACGUUCUUUCUCCCUGGGGUUGCAUGAAAUCUCCCAGAGCAAACGCUCUUUUUUUGAAUGCUUUAAAUUUACACUUGAAGAUGGAGUUUGAGCUUCGCUUUGCUGUGGGUUAGCCCCUCCCACCUAGAAACUCAGACCGAGAGGUCAUCCUGUCCGAACGUGCUUCUGAAGGGCGCCCUCCAAAAGGGUCACUAAUUCCCAAACAGAGAAGAAAUCCCGUGGUGAAGGAAGAUUUUUCUUGAGGAG